CAAAGUGCUUGUUGGUCCAUUCAAAGUCCUUUUACUAUGUCACUGGAAAAACGUUCGACCUCUAUUUGUACUCUGAACCGAGCUUUGUACUUUUACACACAAGUGAAACUCGACUAGAAUUAGAACUCGAACUAGUCUUUCUUUAUCCAAAGUACGGCUCAAUCUGAGGAAAAGUUAGUACAUACUCAUGUGUGAUCUUCAGUCUAGUAAGUGAAAUGGUACGGCUGCUUCAUCGUGCUCGAAUGUUGCAUAAAACGCUCUCCAUACAUUUUGUGCCUUGUAUCUUGACUUCAGUAUCUCUUCAGCCUGCCUCACCUACUCUUGUUCAGGGCCAUCAGCAGCGGCAUAUCUUUGGAGCAUUUCAUCGAACGGCUUGCAAUCAACGUUAUCGUGUUCCUCAAAGUGACAACUUUUGUAUCCAACAAAAAUUACACGAUUACGAAAUCAUCGACUUUGAAGAUUACGUGAAGAAAUUAACCGAAACUUUCCAUGUUGAUGUUAGUGGAGUCACUGGGAUACUCGAACAGGCCAAGGGUUGUGCUUCUGGAGAUGAAGCCAUUGCAUUACUUGACCAGUGUGCUAUAAAACCAAGCCAAGAUUUGAUCUUUUUGGCGAUUUGGGAUCUGAGAGACCGGUGGCAGUUGGCCUAUUUAUUAUUCAAGUGGGGUGAGAAAUGGGACUGCGUUCCUGAAAAAACGCGGUGCUUGGUGAUAUGGGUUCUGGGCAACCAUAAAAAGUUCAGUACCGCAUGGACUUUGAUCACUGACCUUGCACGCAAUUCUAUUGAGGUCCAAGAGGCCGUCCUCAUUAUGAUCGAUAGGUAUGCUGCAGCAAAUUUUCCAGACAAGGCUAUACGGGCAUUUCAGAUAAUGGAGAAUUUUUGUUUGUCCUCUCAUCAGAGAGUGUUCUUUUCAUUCUUGAAUAUCCUUUGUAAACAUGGAUUUAUUGAAGAGGCUGAAGAAUUUAUGCUUGUCAAUAAGAAGCUGUUCCCAUUAGGAAUCGAUGGCUUCAACAUCAUUCUGAAUGGAUGGUGUAACCUUGUGGUUGACAUAUUUGAAGCGAAGAGGGUAUGGCGAGAACUGUCUAAACAAUGUAUUGUGCCUAAUGGAGCUUCUUACACAUACAUGAUUGCCUGUUUCUCUAAAGUAGGAAAUCUAUUUGAUUCUCUGAGAUUUUACGAUGAAAUGAAAAAACGAGGCUGGGUUCCUGGGAAUUCAGUCUACAAUGCUUUGGUAUAUAUACUAACCCGUGAGAAUUGCCUAAAAGAAGCUCUGAAAAUUGUAGACAAGAUGAAAAACAUAGGUUUGCUUCCUGAUUCUGCCACGUACAACUCAAUCAUAUCUCCUCUUUGUGAAGCAUCCAAGUUGGAAGAAGCAAGAAAGGUAUUGGCUAUGAUGAUAGAGGAUACUAUAAGUCCAACAUUUGUCACUUACCAUGCAUUUCUUAGAGCUUCGAGCAUCGAACAAACUUUUGAGCUUCUAAAUAAUAUGAGAAAACAUGGGCUUGGUCCAAACAAGGAUACGUUUCUGUUAGUACUUGAUAGGUUCUUCAACCUGAAGGAGCCUGAAAAUGCAUUGAAGAUAUGGGCUGAGAUGAAAUCGUAUAAGGUAAUUCCUGAUUCUGCUCAUUACACUUUAAUGGUUGAAAGGCUCCUGGAGUGUGGAAUGUCAUUCAGGGCUAAAGAGUUAUACGCCGAAAGGAACCCUGAAGAUGAAAACCCGAAGCUUCAGAAGCUUAUAAUGAUGAAGGGACAAAGUAAGAGAAAACAAAGACACCAGAGUUUGAGGGCUUCUUCAUUAUCCUGAAGCCACGGGGUUUUAUAUGCAGAGAAAUACUAUGGCCAUUCUUCUGUGAACCAACACUUGGCAUUCUUAUAGGAACUAUUGAGCUUUGCAAAAAAAAAAAACAGUGUUGACGAGAUGACUUUCAUUAGUUGUUAUGACAUGGGCGAGUUUAUCACACCUCAAGGAGAGGAGUUCGGGUUUGAAGCACCAGCGAUAGAAGAUGAAGGUGAACAAUAAACGAAGGAUGUAAGUUACGGAGAGGAACGACAUAUUCCGGUCACCGAUCAUGAAGGAGGUACGUUGAACGUAAUGUUUAUGUACACAUGCAUUUCGAUGUUUCAGUGCAUGUAGAAGUAAAUAACCUUGUAUUUGUAUAGUUUAUGAUCCAUGCCCGUUAGAUAGACAGUUUGGCGUAAAAGUAUUGUAUUUGAGGUGUUGCAUGUUCCAUGCCUGUGACGAAAUGAAGUGAACAUUUGUAUUGUUAUUGUCUGUGCACAGACGUUUAUAUUAUUAAUCAUUAUGUAUUA